UUGCCAUUGAUCCCGCCAUUGUACAAAGGUUAGUUAUCAGAGUCCUCUGUCCUCAAUUCCAUCGUCCAUCUCGCCAGCCAUCUCUGUUUGCCAUUCCUAAUUGAAAACUGUUGCGCUACAGAUCUUGUCGGUAGAGCUUCCUCCUUCGACACUUAUACAUACACCUACAUAUUCCGAAAUAAAAGAUCACAACACAAUGGCUCCCGAACACAAGGCCUGCUUGAUCGUGAUUGAUGGCUGGGGUAUUCCCUCCGAGGAGUCCCCCAAGAACGGCGAUGCCAUUGCCGCCGCCGAGACCCCUGUGAUGGACGAGCUGUCCAAGAGCGCCACCGGUUUCAGUGAGCUUGAGGCUUCCUCCCUUGCCGUCGGUCUUCCCGAGGGUCUCAUGGGCAACUCCGAAGUCGGACAUCUCAACAUUGGCGCCGGCCGUGUCGUCUGGCAGGACGUUGUCCGUAUCGACCAGACUAUCAAGAAGGGAGAGCUCAGCCAGAACGAGGUCAUCAAGGCCACCUUUGAGAGGGCGAAGAACGGCAACGGCCGUCUCCACCUCUGCGGUCUCGUCUCCCACGGCGGUGUUCACUCCAAGCAGACACAUCUCUAUGCCCUGCUCAAGGCUGCUAAGGAGGCCGGCGUCCCCAAGGUCUUCAUUCACUUCUUUGGCGAUGGCCGCGACACCGACCCCAAGUCCGGCGCUGGCUACAUGCAGGAGCUCCUCGACACCAUCAAGGAAAUUGGCAUUGGUGAGCUUGCCACCGUUGUCGGUCGCUACUAUGCCAUGGACCGCGAUAAGAGAUGGGAGCGUGUCGAGGUUGCCCUCAAGGGCAUGAUCCUCGGCGAGGGUGAGGAGAGCACCGACCCCGUCAAGACCAUCAAGGAGCGCUACGAGAAGGGCGAGAACGACGAGUUCCUCAAGCCCAUCGUCGUUGGUGGCGAUGAGCGCCGCAUCAAGGAGGACGAUACCGUCUUCUUCUUCAACUACCGCUCCGACCGUGUCCGCCAGAUCACUCAGCUCAUGGGUGGUGUUGACCGCUCGCCCCUGCCCGACUUCCCCUUCCCCAACAUCAAGCUCGUCACCAUGACCCAGUACAAGCUCGACUAUCCCUUCGAUGUUGCCUUUAAGCCCCAGCAAAUGGACAACGUGCUCGCCGAGUGGCUCGGCAAGCAGGGUGUCAAGCAGGUCCACAUUGCCGAGACCGAGAAGUACGCCCACGUCACCUUCUUCUUCAACGGUGGUGUCGAGAAGGUGUUCCCUCUCGAGACCCGUGAUGAGAGCCAGGAUCUCGUUCCCUCCAACAAGAGCGUCGCGACUUACGACAAGGCUCCUGAGAUGAGCGCCGAUGGUGUUGCUAACCAGGUCGUCAAGCGUCUCGGUGAGCAGGAGUUCCCCUUCGUCAUGAACAACUUUGCUCCUCCUGACAUGGUUGGCCACACCGGUGUCUACGAGGCUGCCAUUGUUGGUUGCGCUGCUACCGACAAGGCCAUUGGCAAGAUUCUCGAGGGCUGCAAGAAGGAGGGUUACAUCCUCUUCAUCACCUCGGACCACGGUAACGCUGAGGAGAUGAAGUUCCCUGACGGCAAGCCCAAGACCUCUCACACCACCAACAAGGUGCCCUUCAUCAUGGCCAACGCCCCUGAGGGCUGGAGCCUCAAGAAGGAGGGUGGUGUCCUUGGUGAUGUUGCUCCCACGAUCCUUGCGGCUAUGGGUCUCCCCCAGCCCGCGGAGAUGACUGGCCAGAACCUUCUUGUCAAGGCCUAAAGUAGAACUUGUAAUGAUUGGAUGGCGUGAUGAAAUAAGUAACAUAGAUUAUAGACGGGAAUGACAACGUUAUUGGUGAUUCGGGCUCGCAGGUUGCCCUAUGAAGCGCCUACUCUUGUGUAACUCUGUCUUUGCUUGCAGUUUUGGCGUUCUUGGUAUUCGGUCUCGGUUUCCUCGAACGACAUCCUUCCUCCGGGUGAGAUUGGUGUCGACAGGUCGCAUCGCUGUUCAUCUUGGCUUAGUAGGUUGUUUUGGGUUUCCUAGCUUUGCAGUAAACAAACCCCUUUCGGCUGUUCGCACCAUCAACGCCCACUGUUUUGCCACUCGAGAUUCUCUCCGACCAGCCAAUAUAUUGGCAGGUCCGAGCACCUUAUGAGAUAGAAGAGGUCACGGCAAUAUAUCCACAAUCCUUUGAACCGGCUGGCCGCUUGGGUCGUUCCAUUCCCAAGUGCUGUUGUGUAACACCUGUUGAGCGGGGUAAUCAAAUCAUGGUGUUGACUUGACACUCUGCUACACCACAGGGAGGAAGCAACGGGACGGCUCACUGUCCUCUCUUGCUUGACCGGUCUUCUGAAGUUGGAAAAAGCGUUACAACUUGACGCAUGCAUAACCGUGUUCGUAGUGUACUGUCGAAAAAUGUUUGAAGGGGGCUUUAAGCAAGCGCAUAAGUAGAAGGAACCCUGGCAUGGCAGCUGCCAAACUUAAUU